AUGAUCAAUAUCCUGGGCCUAAAGAAAGUCGCAUUUAUCACGCAUCCCAUUUCAGUCACCCAGCUUGAGCGCGAAGUAAGAGGACUUGAUGGUACCCAUGAAAUCGAGAAGGCUGCGAUGGCUGCCACAGGCCUUCGCGAUGUGCGUCGCAUGGUCGCACUCAUGUCUGACAAGUUGGUGCCAUUGAUGGUGCCAACGAUGUCUUCACGGGCACUUGCUGCACCUGGACGAACCGAAGCGUGGUUGCAGAUACUCGACAAAGUCCUCGCAGACACCAUACCAUCGGGUAGACCGACCACAAUUCCCCUGUACCAAUUUAUCGCCAAAACCAUGUUUUCCGUUUCAUCGGCUUUCCUCUUUGGAUCCACAUUUCCCACCGACACCUACCAAGACUUCGUAACAACGCUCGACAAUUUCUUGAUCCUUACUUCCCCCAUAUCUCCCUACACUCCCUUCCUGAAAGGCAACCGCGCCAGGGAUAGACUGUUAGUCAGAGUGAUGCAGUAUCUUCAGCCGUGCUGGGCUCCAGAGGCCAACGUAGGCACGGUCCUCUCGGACGCUCACGAUAUUAUCGUGGAGUCGGUUCAAAUCAUGAAGGACGCCAACCUGUCACUCAAGGAAGCGGCGGGAACCCUGAUUGGUUUCCACUUUGGUCUGCACGGAAACGUGUGGUUCCACAUGUACCAGAUGCUGGGACGGGUUCUGUUGGAUCCCGAUUGGAGGACUAUCAUCCAAGAUGAGAUCAGAACCAACGAGGAUGUCGCCAACAUGAAGCUCUUGGAAUCCACGAUGCACGAAGCCCUCCGACGACCAUUCCGCAUCGUUCAACUUCGAACAGUACCCGAUGACACCGAAAUCUACCUUGGGGGAACGAGAUACUUCUUUGAGAAGGGAACCGUCAUUCUUCCCAAGUCGUUCACCCACGACGAGACUGUGUACAAGGACCCUUUCGAAUUCAGGCCCGACAGGUUUCUCGAUCCACAGCUACCCAAAGCCAGAGUGUGGGGUGAAGGACGCCGAAUCGUAAGCAUCAAUUCUCUAGCUUCACAGCGGAGGACUGACUCCAUUCUCCGCAGUGCAAGGGAAGGGACCUCGCGAGGUUUCAAAUGA